AUGGACAUGAACCUGACGCGUCCGGACAACGCCACCCUCCUGAUGCUGCGGGACCCGGCCAUCGCGGUGGUCCUGCCGGUGGUGUACUCGCUGGUGGCGCUGAUCAGUAUCCCCGGCAACUUGUUCUCCCUGUGGGUGCUGUGCCGCCACAUCGGACCCAAGACGCCCUCGGUCAUCUUCAUGAUCAACCUGAGCGUCACGGACCUGAUGCUGGCCUGCGUGUUGCCCUUCCAGAUCUACUACCACUGCAACGGCAACCACUGGGUGUUCGGCGAGCUGCUGUGCAACGUGGUGACCGUGGCCUUCUACGCGAACAUGUACUCCUCCAUCCUCACCAUGACCUGCAUCAGCGUCGACCGCUUCCUGGGCGUCGUGUACCCGCUGGCGUCCGCGCGCUGGCGCUGCCGUCGCUACGCCGUGGCCGCCUGCGCCGGCACGUGGCUCCUGCUGCUGGCCGCCCUGUCGCCGCUGGCCCGCACGGACCUCACCUACGCCGUGGAGGUGCUGGGCAUCGUCACCUGCUUCGACGUCCUCAAGUCCACCAUGCUGCCCAGCGUGGCCAUGUGGGCUGUGUUCCUCUUCACCCUGUUCCUCGUGCUCUUCCUCGUUCCCUUUGUGGUCACCGUGGCCUGCUACACGGCCACCAUCCUCACGCUGCUGCGCUCGGCCGACAGCCACGGGGAGGCCCGGAGGACGCGCGCCGUGUGCCUGGCGGCCGUGGUGCUCCUGGCCUUCGUCACCUGCUUCGCGCCCAACAACUUCGUGCUGCUGGCCCACGUGGUCAGCCGGCUCUUCUUCGGCCGCAGCUACUACCACGUGUACAAGCUCACGCUCUGCCUCAGCUGCCUGAACAACUGCCUGGACCCCUUCGUCUACUACUUCGCGUCCCGCGAGUUCCAGCUCCACAUGCGGCACUACUUGGGCUACAGGCCCCUGCCCACCGGCAGCCCCGAGGGGCACCUCGAGAGCCUCGGCUCCGGACGCACGCUGUCCGUGCGCUCCGUGGAGGGGCUGGACGCCGCCGGCCGGCCCAGCGUCAAGCGCCAGGAGAGCGUGUUCUGA